AUGUCCAAUUUCCAGUGUCCUUCAUGCGGUAAAGCCAGUUUCAGAGAUCAGGUUGCUGUUGCUCGUCACAUGAGCCAGCCUCGCUCAGGAUGUAGCACCUGGCUACAGGAUUUAAUACGUCUGCGGGACCUAUCUGACGAUUCUAUGAAUACAGAUGACUUGGACGGACCGAAUAUUCCCGGUGGUGGGCCUCAGGCUGAGGUUGAGUUCACAUUCGGAGAUAGAGACGAGUCAUUUGAAGGUAGCGGUGAGAGUGGUGGCCAGGCCUCUGAGGAGGGAUUACUUCCGAAUGGUGCCUCAGAUUUCGUCGACCAAUAUCCCGAAUCUUCUCGGACGUAUGGCAUGGGGUACACCUUCCUCGACUUAUUCAAUUCUGAUGAGAAUAGUGUGUACCGUGCCAAGAAUCCCUAUUACCCAUUCAGUGGCUGGAAGGAUUGGGAGAUUGCAUCGUGGUUACUGCGCUCAGGAUUGAGCAUGGGGAAGAUAGACAGUUUUUUAUCACUCGACAUAAUUAAGGGUCUUCCAAUAUCUUUUUCCUCGGCCAAGGAACUGCGAGGCAGAGCAGAAAUGUUGCCCAGUGGUCCACGCUGGAUGUCCCAAGUGCUCUCUACGAGUCAUCCCACCAAAUCACCCGUCGUUUUGUACUGGCGUGAUCCCUUGGACUGUAUUUCAGCCAUUCUGAAUCAUCCCUUUUUUCACGAUCGGUUAGACUUCACGCCUCGCAGGGUCUAUACUACUGCACAACGCUUGUGUCGUGUAUAUUCAGAAUGGAUGACAGGCGAUGACGCAUGGAAUAUGCAGUCUGCCCUACCCAAAGGCGCAACACUCCUUGGAACCAUUCUAUCAUCCGACAAAACGAAUAUAUCCACGAUGACGGGUGACAGAGUUGCACACCCGCUUCUCGUCAGCCUUGCGAAUAUCAACAUGUCCACACGACUCAAGACAUCGUCCAACUCCUUUGUACUCACCGCCUUGCUCCCCGUACCUAAAUUUAUACAUAAGAAUAAACGCAUGCGAGGUGUACUCGAGGAUCGCUUAAUUCAUGAAUGUUUAGAUAUCGUCCUGCGUCCACUCAAGCAGGCUGCACGUGAAGGAGUCAUGUUAUCAGACCCUCAGUUCGGAGACCCUUUCCGUCACGAACCUCGCACGAAAUCAACCACACUUGCACAGCUGGCUGUCGUUCAAACAAGGGCAGAUCCCAACGAUAUUGAAGCCUUCUUUCGCGAAGCGCAGAAAUUUCGCCUGAACGGUGUCUCUAAACCUUUCUGGCAGGACUGGACCCUUGGUGAACCGUCUCAUUUCCUCACUCCAGAAUUUCUGCAUCUCAUUCACCGAGAAUUCUACGAUCACGACGUCAAGUGGAUGAUUUGUGCGGUCGGGGAUAUGGAAAUUGAUUUCCGGUUUUCUGUGUUGCAGCCCGUCACUGGCUUUCGUCAUUUUUAUGGUGGUAUCUCCAAGCUAAAACAGGUUACAGGUCGAACUCAACGUGACAUUCAGCGUUCGAUCGUUGCAGUCAGUGCGGACGCAGCACCUAGUGCUGUGAUCACUGCUGUCCGAGCAUUGAUGGAAUUUCGGUAUCUCAUCCAGUCACCACGUAUUGAUGAAGACGACAUCAAGCGCAUUUCUGGAGCCCUCGAUGAAUUUCACGCCAAUAAACACGCUAUCACAGCUGGAGGAUUUCGUCGAGGCAACAAGAACAAAGUUAUCGAUAACUGGUACAUUCCAAAAUUGGAGCUCAUGCAGAGUAUAGUUCCCAGCAUCCGCAACACUGGUGUCGCCAUGCAAUGGACUGCAGACACAACAGAGCAUGCACACAUUACAGAGAUUAAAGACCCCGCGCGAUCAAGCAACAACAACAACUAUGAUCCUCAAAUUUGUCGACAUCUCGACCGGGUUGAUAAGUGCCGUCGCUUUGACCUUGCAAUGAGUCUCGUGGAUGGUAUGGCAAGCUCGAGGCUACAGGAUGACAAUAUUGGUGAUGAUGUUGACUUUGAUGCGGAUGAUGAUGAUGACCUCCCCACGGAAUUUACGGCCACUAUAAAAUGUCCUGGACAUUCGCGCCCAAUCACCAAUUACUUUGCGAUUGCGAAGAUCCUCCAGCAUAAGGAGGUUGGGACUGUCCCUCUGCCAUUGCGCACAUUCGUCAUCGGACGCACGGCCUAUCAUCUCACAUAUUCCCCAUCCAUCAGAUCCAUCUCCAUCAACGAUGCUGCUAUCAAAUUCGGCCUUCCUGACUUACGGCUGGCCAUUGCUGAUUUUCUUCGUCGCGAAGCUACCCACGGACAGAAUUAUGUCCACACAAUUGGGGGAGCCAGGAGGGCUGGACCUACUGCUUCCCUGCCAUUUGAUAAAAUUCAAAUCUGGUUCAAACUUCGCCUACAGGACACAGAGUUUCACGACAGUAGCAUCAUACGGCCCGCGCAGACCCUGAAUUGUGUGCCGCCUUCUGAUGUCUGGAACUCUGGUAGGUACGACUCAGCUAUUGUGAACAACGAGUCAGGGUGCCUUUGGCCUGCUCAUGGUCUUCGUGGUCACACAAUUGGUCAAAUUAGACUUAUCAUGCGUCCAGUUGGAAGAAUCAACACGGAUUGGUCAUGGGAGGACCGUUUCCUUGUCUAUAUGUACCGGUUUGAUGGUACAACAAGCGCUCGUGAUCCUGCCACACAGUUGCACUCGAUCAGAAGGGCGAAACGUUCCAACGGUACAUUAGUGGGCGAUAUUAUACCACUGACGCAGAUCAAGGCUCCUGUUAAUCUCAUUCCUCGCUUUGGAGCCAGUGCAGACAGCCGUUUUACCUCACAGAACAGCAUGGAGCACGCGUCAGAGUUUUGGGUAAAUAAAUUUUGGGACAAGAACACAUUCUUUCCGCUCUCUAUGUAG